CCUCACCUGGCACACACACCACGGGAGUACCCAUUUUCUUAAUAUACCCAGCACAGUGCUUAAUAUUUAUUUAGUUCUUGCCCCAGAUGUAAUAUGUAUUUCGUGCUGCUAUACUUUUCCAUGACGGUAGAAAAUUAUUCUCUGUAUAAGUCCUUAUUGAAAGGUACAGUUACCUCUUUGAAUAUCAUAUUAAUACGUGAAAUUUCAAGAAGGCAAUUGAUGUAAUGAUGGUAAUAUGCCAACGCUAUCAUUAAGGUAUGUCAGGUAUGUGACCUCAUCACGUAAGAAUACCAAGAGUAAAGGUAUGCAAAAUGUUUUUGAUUGAUGAACAAUAUGUUGUGCGCCAAGACGUUUAUGAAUUAGUGUGUAGCAAUCUAUACUGCUAAUAUUGUUGUGCAUUUUUUUUCAAAAUUGCAUCAUCUUGCUUUGAACAUUAAAGACAUUAAGUAAUUGAUCAUGAUUUAUGUGACCCUGACUCAAGGAAAUAUUAUUUGUUAAAAUAGGUUCAGAUUGAAAUAUAUAAAUAGUACAGAAUUAUACGACACUUCACAUUAUGUCCUGCCAUCGUUUGAAGCGUUAAAUGAUUAGUUUUGUGAAUGAUUGUUUUAUCAUGAUUUGAGUUAACUAUUGAGUGACAGAAAACUCCCUACUGCUCAGUUUCAUAUUAUUAUCAUUGAUCAUAUGAUCAGAGAUUCAGAAUCUUCGUCGUUGCUAUGAGUCUAAAAAAAAUGCGCACCAAUGUCUAUAAAGUUUUAUGUCUUUUAUGCGAUAUCACCACACCAUUCAAAAGGUAUUUGAGUAAGGUAUUUUACAGCGUAUUUUGUGAAUUCAGGUGUCAGGUAAUCGUAACUUUUGUAAUAUCUAACUAACAUGAUAGAGAUAGUUGUUUUUCAAUUUUUACUUGAAUAGAUAGUAGUUACAAUAACACAUUGUUUAGGCAUUAGUGGUCUUCAACAAAAUCGCAUAGCCAUAUGAUAAAGAAAAACAAAAACAUUAGGCCAUGUCUUAUGAUGGUGCAAGUAGGCUCACAAAGAUAUUUAUUUACCGUAGUUGCCUUAGGCAUUUUGUCUCCAUGGUAAACGGACUUAGUUCAAAGUUUUGAACAUUUACUCAGUAAAGAGGCUUUGUGAGUUGAAAAACUGCUGGAUUAUUUGCCUUUUUUUGUACCAUGGUAAUCGGAUGACAAGCUGUCAUGUAAUUUGCCACCUAUUUCCCACAAGUUGUGAGUAAUGUACAUGAUUUAUAUGGGGCGUGUUAUUUAUCACUUUGUGUUUUUUCGAGAAUGGUAAGUAUCGCUAUUGGGUAUUUAAGUUUCAUCGCAAUUUGUCAACAGUGAUUUUGUGGUUGUUAAAAUAUAUUUAAUGAAAAGUAUUUUUGUCUUUCUUGUUUGUUGAAGCUAAACAGCUACAGUAUGUGAUAUAUGUGGUUGUAAAAUGUAUUAUCGGCAGCAUAAGUAUUAUGACAAUGGUCUACGAAUCGAGAAAAGUUGUAGAAGAUUACGUCCUCUAUAAAAUUAAGAAUCACAUGCACUCAACUUCUAAUGGUGAUGUAUCUGUCUCUGAUCUCACUCAGCAAAGACUCACCGUUCAUAACUAUGCACAUUUUCCUUUACCUCAAGAUCCUCCGAGCGAUAUAAAUUACGCUGUGCGAAAAGUUGCGAGCGAAUAUGAAAAACGUUACAGAGAAAAAUAUCCGGAUAUAUUAGAAGGCAUACGAGCAAAUCAUAUAUCUGCGGGGAAUGUCGAUAAAGUGUUCACUAACAUAACAAAAGAUUUAUUUAAAAUAUCCAACGGUGGAGGAAAAAGGUCGGUGACAUCAAGUCCCUCUGGGGGUAGGAAAUCGAAAUCUCCAUCUCCAGCUCUUGUAGACCCAGACUCCAUUGAUGAUAGUAUUGAAGAUGCAAAUAUCAAUUGGAGUCACGUAAUCGGACUGCUCGUAUUUUCUGGAGUAUUAGCAGUACGUUGCGUGGAAAUAAAUCAAUAUGGUCAAGUUGACGAUAUUGUAAACUGGGUAUCUAGAUUCCUUGAUACCAGAUUAAGACGUUGGCUACGACGCCAGGGUGGAUGGGGUGGAUUCGUUCAAUGGUCUAUAAAAGGUGGUGCUGUUGGAACCUCAGAAUCGAAUGAAAUUGGGGCUGGUAUGAGAACUGCUCUCAGAGUUGGCGGUGCAGUUGCAGCAGUAGCCCUUACUGCUAUGAUGAUUUCUCGUAAAUGAAGCAUGUUAUUUAUAUAAUACGAAUAUUGUACCAUUCUAGUUUUUAAUGAAAUCUUGGUUGUUUAUACACUAUUGAGCUGAAGUACAAAUAAUAAUUGCAGUGUAAAUUACUUCGCAAAACAUCAGUAAAUUAUCAUUAUUUGUAUUGCGCAAAACUGCCAUUCAUUUAUCGGAUUUCAAUACAAACGCGUCAUGUAUAUGUUUUUGUCAAAAGAAAAGGUUUGAUUAUAUACAUAACUGGAUGUUUUGUAUUGUUUAUUGAGAGAUUAUAUAUUAUUUCGAUGUUUUUUUAUAAUUGCAUUCCAUAUAUGAGUGGAAUAAAGUUGAAAAUUAGAUAUAUUUUUUGUUGUCACUUUAUCCCGUCAUAUGACCCAUCUUUUCACCUUCCGUCUGUACUUCUCAUGUAUGUAUGAUUGUUCUUUGUUCUGUAUUUAAUUUUUUUUUAAAGAAACAAGGAUAUGUAAAACUCGAUUUAAAGUAAGCGUUAUACUCUUCUAUAGGUAUUUGAAUGUUGAGCCACCUUUCAGUUUUGCUUGGUUGUGACUGCAUCAACACAUAAAAGCAUGGUAUAUUUGACUAUAUUUUUCUAGCUACAUCUAAUGCUAUAAAGUCGAUUGUAUUCAAAUAUAAUGAACACUGCAGAACACAGACAGUUAAUCUUCACACUAUCUAUUAUUUGGAUUCAAGGUUGUUAUAAACUCAGUAAAAGACAGUAAACUGCUGUUCUGUUUCAACAUUUUUUUUUUAAAUACUAUAUAACUUCAAUUCCAAGUUACGGUGCUUUUAGGCUUACAUUAUUUUAUUUCAUUUCUUCUAAACAAUGGGGCCGAAAUGCAUAUCUCCAGCACUUCGUUUUAUUUUAUCAUGUGCAAUGUUAACCAACAAUGGUAGCAAUACUAACGAGAAAGUCAUCAUUCAUGAAGUGUUUUUGUCAUAACAAAGUAAACAAUAAGAUUGCUUUUGUUGGUUCGAAUUCCAUGAUCUUUUUAUUGAGUUGUAUUUUCAUGUUUGACUAAAUCAAGGUGUGUUAGAAAUUUGAAUCUUGUGCUUAUUAGACCAUUGGACCAGACCUACUUUGCACAUUUUGAACAGGAAUAAAAUUGGUGCAUGAAUUUAAAACUGAACGGCAGUGAAAUUUUAACAUGUGGAAUUUGACAUAUAGUAGUUAAAAUUAAAUUUUCUAUUUUGAAAUUUCUAUGUACUUUGCCUACUUGUGUUCUUUGAUGAAAUUCAUGAAUGAAAGUACUACUCGUAUCUAAUGGUAUUCAAUAUUAAAUACCAUCUUGUUUUAGAUCUAGAGUUGCAUAAUAUGGUGAAGCUAUUUUUUACCCACUUUCCUCCCGGGUGUGAGCUUUAAACAAUGUUUUAGAAUCCCAUGUGAAAUAUUUUCGCUGGCCUUUAACUGGUCAAAGAAGUUCAGUCUUCUGUGCUCAUUGAAUAUUUAUUUGAGUUCAUUUCUGUAAAUUCUAUUUUUGUUGCAUCGUUUGGUUUGAAGUACAUAUCAUGUUUUUAUGUAGUACUUGAAUUUUCUGUACAUUGUAAAUUUAUUAUAUAAAGUAUUUAUUUCCCACUGGAAGCACUUACACCACAUUUUCUUCAUUUUACAUUCUGGUCACUUUUCAAAGUACUUCCAGUGGAUUUCUGUUGUGUCUUUCGUGAUAUUGAUAUCCUUAUUAUUAUAAAAUCUUCAACAAGA